AGAAGGUCACUGACCAUGAAGGAAGUUGAGAAACUUUAUGAACCUGCGUGCCUUCUGGUCAUUUCGUGUCUCCAACUGCGUGAGCUAAGUUCCUUGUUCCCAAGGACCCAAUCAUGUCGAGAUGCUGUCAAUGCUAUCCCGUGAGAGAUCUCCCCAAACGGGCGUUGUCGAGAUGAUAUUCAGCCAGAACAGGAAUGCGACAGGGAUAUACCUACCCAGGUGACUAUGAAAGCCAUACCGGCACCUUGCACAUCAAGGGCAGGCCGGGCCAGAAGACUGACCUACCUUCUGCCUCGUUUGGCCGCAGCAGCAAAACAUGUAGAAAAGUGUAUCGCCACGAUAGUUGUGUCGUCAGAGCGUAUGCGACCAGCAGGAAAGCCGAAAGACUCGCCUGCCUGGUCCCAGCCCAGAGCACGCGGUACCCCUCACGAUUACAGGGCUUCUGUGAUUCGAAGAAGCGACCCGUCUAAUGGUGAGGGAGAAGCUCCGGAGGUGGGAUUCUUUUUACUUGUCUUCAUUGGUGCAUGGAAACGCGUUGGCCUCACUGUCAGAGAGGGCGUGCUGGGAAUAUGCGAUCCGCCGACAGGCCUGAAGAUUCUUCAUCAUGAGCAUCGAACAAUGAGUCGUGAUGGUCAGCGCUCGAGAGUCAUUGUCUUGCAUCGUUACAAUAUGGUCCAGUUCAACGGGAGGACCAGAUUGGAGAGCGGGGUUGAAGAUAACCUUGGAAAAUGGCAGUCGUCCAUCUCAGUUGCAUUUGCUAUAUUGUACCAUCAGUGAUGUCGACCAGAGCCGCAAUUUUACUGGAAGAAUGGCCAAUUAAGCCCCGUAUGUCUCUAAAGGUGAUCAAGUGUCCAUUCAUGUAGAUAUUCAACU